AUGCAGCCCAAUAGAAGAGAAACCUUUGAGAUUUCUGAACGGCCUGAGCUCAGUGUGGACAGAAACACGAGCGACAACCACCAUGAUUCCGUUCAUCACGAUCCUAAGGAAAAGACUGUGACGUCUCUAGUGCAUGAAAGCCAUGACACCGGUGUAACUCAGACCACGACUGGCGAUGAUUCUGACGAGUCGCAGACUCAUCAGUACGCGACGCCACGAGAACUGGCUCUUCUGUCGACAGUAUUCACUAUUGCAACCUUUAUGAUAGCCAUAGAUGGAAGUAUCCUUGCAACGGCCAUCCCCAAGAUAACCAGUGAUUUCCAUCGACUCAAUGACGUUCCGUGGUACGGAAGCGCAUACCUCUUCACAGAAAUGGCUUUCCAGCCUACUUUUGGUCGCCUGUACACUUUAUUCAAUGCCAGAAUUCUCUACUUGAUGUCCAUCGUCAUUUGCUCAAUUCUAUGCGCUGCAUCGCCAAAUUCUGCAGCAUUGAUCACUGGAAGAGUCAUCUCCGGUAUUGGAGCUGCUGGUCUUCUUUGCGGAAGUCUAUCGGUGUACGGAAGGUCAGUUCCUCUGCGAGCUAGACCAUUCGGAAUGGCUCUUGUCACGAGCAUGUACGGCGUGGCAGGAGUGUUAGGACCGACUCUUGGAGGACUCAUCACAGAUACACCUCGACUCACCUGGCGCUUCUGCUUCUGGAUUAACUUGCCGUUUGGGGCAGUGACAUUCGCAAUCGCGUACAAAAUCUUGAGAGCAAGGACACCAAUACAUGGGAAGCUCUCUCUGCGCCAGAAGUUGAAGAAGCUUGAUUUACUUGGAGGCUUUCUGCUUAUCGUCGGCUUAAUCACUCUGUUUUUUGCCCUUCAAUGGGGUGGGACCAAAUAUCCGUGGUCUGACCCUAAGGUUUACGCAUGCCUCGUGAUAUUUGGAAUCUUCAUCACAGCAUUCGGGCUGUUGCAGGCAAGCAAGAAAGAAGAGGCGACGAUCCCCAUGCGGAUCCUUUCGCAGCGGACGGUGGCCAUCAGCUGCACCUUCAACAUGCUGAUGUCCAUGGCACAUAACACGCACAUGUAUUAUCUGGCGUUUUACUUUCAAGCAGUCCUGGGCACCAACGCUGUCACGUCGGGCGUGCGCUGUCUCGCGUACGGAAUCCCAUGCAGCAUCGCCAUCAUCAUCACGGGGGCGUGCGUUAGCUCAAAAGGCCACUACGUCCCUUUUAUGUGGCUGGGGUCCAGCAUCUUCAUCGCCGGCUGCGUGCUGCUCCAGAGACUGAAUAGGGAUUCGUCGAUGGGGCAGUUGAUCGGCUUUCAAAUCAUUAGCGGAGUGGGCAUCGGGCUCGCGGAGCAAGUCCCCUUCAUCGCGGUGCAGGUGGUCCUCCCCGACAGCGACAUGCCGGCCGCGUGUGCCAUGGUCGUUUCCCUCCGUUUACUUGGCGGCGCGGUUGGACUCAGCAUCGCCUCCAACCUCUUCUCCCAGGAGCUCUACCGUCGGCUCGCGGGAGCGCCGGGAGGGGUCGACGUCAAAGCGAUACAAGAUGCGGGUGCAUCGGAUCUGGCAAAGGCGAUACCGGAGGCUGUUUUGCCGUUCGUGCAGAAGGCUUUCAGCUUUGCGAUCUCCAGGGCCUUCAUACUACCCAUCGUUGUGGCUGGCACCUCCUUGGUAUUGAGCUUUGGGAUGCAGAGGCGAUGGAUUCCAGAUGAUCGGGUGCAGCCAUUUCCAGAGGUCCAAGGAACCGUGACUGGCGACACGGCUGCGAAUGCAUCCUCAGAUCAGGGAAGAAAUGAGAAAUCUGUGUAG